UUCAGACCGUCCGUCUUCGGCUGUCACCGUACUUCAUCGCCCACGCAAGAAACUUUCGGCGUUUGUGAGUGCGAUGGCUGCGAGAGCCGCUUCACCGCAGAGCCCCAGCAAGCAGAUUACGGUUGUCGACGUCUACGACCUUGCUGCUUCUAUCGGAAAUGACUUUGAAAAGCUCAUUGACAAUUAUGGAAAUGAGUGUGUACGGGGUAUUAUGCCGAAGGUUAUUUCCGCGCUAGAAACAUUGGAAGCAAUGGCAGCUGGAAAUGAUCGAGAAAAUGAAGAAAUAAUGAGAUUAUCAAAGGCAGUUGAACGGUUAGAACAAGAAAAACAUCAAAGGAAUCAACAACAUUUAAAAUUUGAAGAAGAAUUGGAACAAGUCGAGAAAACGUAUCGAAAAGAUAUUGAUGAUCUACAACAGAUGGUUAAAAGUCUUGUAAAUGAGAAUCGAAAUCUUUCGACGACUGUAUCAUCACUUCCGAAUCAUGCAGAUUCCCCUGUUAGCACUUCGAUGCGAGAAGCAGAUUUGAAAAUGUUGCUGGAACUCAAAGAAAUGUCAUCUCAACAAAAGGACGAAAUUAAGGCUCUUCAGAAGGAUGUGGAUACUUAUCAGUGUCAAGUCGAAAAUCUUCAAAACUCGAUAGAAAAGCUGAUUCGUCAAAACGAGGAGCUAUUAAGGAAAAAUGCAUCGCUUCAAAAGCAAGGACGAAUGAUUGUUGAAGAGAAAAUGGAAGUUGUAAGAAGAUUGGAAAAAACUGAAGAAUCGAAUAUUGAAUUGAAAAAGUUGGUGAAAGAAACGGAUCGGGCUUGUAAGGAUAUGCAAUUGGCUAAUCAGGACAAUAACGAACCUCGAUUCACGUUAAGCGAACUACGAGAAGUUAUAAAAGAGAAGAAUAUUCUGAAAGGACGAGUAAUGGAAUUAGAAGAAGAACUUGAUAAUUUCAAACCGGGAGCCAAAAAAGAAAUUAUGAGAUUGGAUGAUGAUGAUGAUUUUGAUCGGAAUCCAUUACAACCAGACACCUCUUCGGCCCAAAGUCUCGGCGUUGACGGUGACGAUUUACCGGUUUAUGGUCCAAUGCCAAAAGAACCCGACGAGAAGCUUCAUCCAUGGAAAUAUGAGAGAAAAGAUUCCGGAGUUCGAAAAUUUAUUCAGUUUCCGCUUCUUCAAAGACUUUGGAGCGACGGCGUCCCCCCGCCGAGGAUCUUCUGCAAACGCGUCUCCUCGACUACCGGCUCGUGCGAUCCCACCAUCCCUCAAUUGAUGAUCAUGGCUCCGAUGCUUUUGCCAGUUCAUAUUUUCUUUUCUGCAAUGGUUUUCAUGUUUCAGUGUCUGUGACACCCCUCCAUUCUCUCUAAUCAUCACAUUUUUUGAUCUCACUACUAGUCAAACCCCAUUUCAGCUUCAAAAGUAUUUUUUUUUUUUUAAAUUUGUACGACAUGUCUCUCACUCUCUGCCUGCUCCUUGAUGAUUAUGAUCGACUAUCGAUCGAUUUUAGGCUCAAUUUCGCUUCCAAAAAAAAUCUAUUCAUUUUCCCCGUGUUUUACCCUUCCCUGUCUCUUAUUUUUUGCUCUUCAUGUGGCAUAUAUAUGUAAUUAUGUGUGUUGUCAUACUUUUUGUCAUCUUUUUUGAAAUAUCGAAAUUAACAAAGAAUUUCUCA